GUUGAGGCUCGUUUCGAUUUGGUCUCUUCUUUCAAAGAAAGAUAAAGAUAAGAAACAAAAUAAAAAAGCAAAGGCUCUCUCUCUCUCUCUCUCUCUUCACGCACAUCAAAACAGCAAACCAAAAAAACGAAACGCAUGCAUUUCUAGUUUCCUCUCCCUUUUUAAAACUCCUCCUCCGUAUUAUCAUCAUCAUCGAUCCUCUCUCUCUCUCCAUGGCCGUCGAUGCUCACCAUCUUCUUCUCUCUACUCCUCAACUCUUCUCCAACAGAGAGUUAAUGAUGCAUAACAAUAACGACAACGCCACGAUGGAACCAACAACUAAUGGCGGUUUCUGCACCAACGGUUACGGCGUCGUUUCACCUUUCUCCGCCACGGACGAUUCGCCUCCUCCUCCUCUUCUUCAUCAUAUGUACGGCGCUUCCUGCACCGCAGAUUCGUUCGCUAAUUACUACGCCGACGGUGCUAAUCUCCAGACGAGAAAACGCUCCAGAGACUCGAGAUCCGAUUACUACCCUCACCAUCAGAGCACUGUAUCACCAUCGUACGUUGCUCCUUACUCGUUCCUCGGCCAAGACAUUGAUCUCUCCUCUCACAUCAAUCAGCAGCAGCACGAUAUCGAUCGAUUCGUCUCCCUUCAUAUGGAGAGAGUGAAGUUCGAGAUUCAAGAGAAGAGGAAGAGGCAAGCGAGGACGAUCGUGGAGGCGAUAGAGCAUGGGCUCGCGAAACGGCUACGAGUCAAGGACGAAGAGCGAGAGAGAAUCGGGAAGAUCAACCACGCGCUCGAGGAGCGCGUGAAGUCGCUAUCCAUCGAGAACCAAAUCUGGCGGGAUCUCGCGCAGAGUAACGAAGCGACCGCUAACAACCUCCGCGCCAACCUCGAGGAGGUCCUGGCGCAGGUUAAGGAUAUAACCGGCGCAGGAUUAGCUAAUUGUGACGAUGAUGCGCAGUCGUGUUGCGGGAGUAGUUCGGGUGAAGAAACGGUUAGGCGCACGGUAGUGGCGAAAGGUAGGAUGUGCAGAAGCUGUGGGGAGGAGGAAUCGUGUGUGUUGGUCUUACCGUGCAGACACUUGUGCUUGUGUGGAGUCUGUGGGUCCAGUGUGCAUACGUGUCCCAUCUGUAGGUCUCCCAAAAACGCUAGCGUUCAUGUUAACAUGUCACCUUGACCCCCCGUUUAUGGAAACUAUCUUCUCUCUUUUUUUUUUGUUAAUGGAAGUUUUUAUUUUUUUUUCUCUUAAACAAUUAAUUGUAAGGAAAUUCGUAGAAUAUAUUUUUUUAGAUAAGAGUUCAUGAGAAGAAACCUUUGCCAUAAAGAAAGAGAAAAUCCUCCUUGUUUUUUAGAUAUUUAUUUAAUAUUUCUUCACUUUAUCUCUUAAUAAAUAUGCUUUAAUUCAA